AGGCAGAAAUUCUACAUGGCAUUAUAUGAUCAAUCAGAAUAAAUAAGGAUGUGAUAACAUGAUACUAUUGUACAGUAUUGUAAUGACCUAUGGCUCAUAGUUUUACUGGAUCUCUAGUGCCAUGCUCAAACAUGUGGCCUACAAGGGCGAAGAAGUUGUUAACUGUUCACAUCCAGACUCUUGAUGUGGACAUGGAGUUUAGUGUCCCGUACAAAGCUACGGGAAAAGAAGUGUUUGACAAGGUGACCAACACGAUGGGUCUACGAGAGACCUGGUACUUUGGUCUGCAGUCCACCAAGACAACUGCUGGACAAAUGUGGAUUAUUGACGAGAAACGUAUCGUGGACCAAGUGUAUAUUAGUGAUGAUAACAAACCUGUUCAGCUGAACUUACUCGUCAAGUUCUACCCACAGGACGUGAACGAUCUGAUCCAGGAUAUAACAAAGCACUUGUUCUAUCUACAAGUAAAAGAUCAGAUCUUGUCCCGGAUUAUAUUCGCUCCUGCUGAAGUGUGCGUCAUGUUGGCCUCCUACACUCUGCAAGCUAAGUACGGUGACUACGACCCACAAAAACACAAAGUGGGUCAGCUAGGCAACGAGCAGCUCAUCCCGGAACAAGUCAUGAACCAGUACCAGUUAACUAAAGAGGGCUGGGAACAGAACGUUAUAAACUGGUACGCUCAACAUUCCUGCCGCUCCACUGUUGACAGAGAUAGAGAAUGGGCGGAGAUGCAGUAUCUCAUGAUAGCAGAGAGUUUGAAGAUGUUUGGUGUCAAUUACUUCCUCAUACAGAACAAGCGUGGAACAGAUCUCUGGCUUGGUGUUGACGCUUGUGGACUGCACAUCACAGAGAUGGAUAGUCAACAAAAACCCAAGAUAGCUUUCCCUUGGAGCGAAGUUAAAAACAUAUCUUUCCAAGACAAAAAGUUUACAAUCAAGCCAGUUAACGAGAAGACAGAAGAUUUCAAGUUCUUCACUAAGAACAUCAGAACUAAUCGAAUGAUCCUGCAGAUGUGUGUAGGUAACCACGAGUUAUAUACACGGCGUCAUAAAGGAGACACGCUGGUCGUCCAGGCGCUCAAGCAACAAGCCAAGGAGGAGAAGAAAAGGAAGCAGGUUGAACGAGAGAAGCUGGAGAAGGAGAGGAGGAUGAAGGAGGAAGCGAUGCGCCAGCGAGAGGAGCUGGAAUUUAGAUUGAGAAAGUUUGAAGCUUCCGCUAGGAAAGCAAACGAUAAACUGCAAAGAAGCGAAGAAGCAGCUGAGAUUCUUGAAGAGAAGGUAAAAUUGGCAGAGGAAGAAGCUAAUCUGUUAGCUAAACGAGCUACAGAAGCACAGCAGGAGAUACUGAGAAUCAGACAGGAAAAUAAUAAGAAUAACGAAGAGAAUCUCAUGCUGAAAGAGAAAUUGCAGCAUGUCGAAGAGAAUGCUCACCAAGCUGCCUCUAAAGCUGAAGUCGGUCCAGAAGACAAUGAUGCUGGAAUGAAUGUGAUGGCAACGGAGGCGUAUCGUUUAAAACAAGAGUUGGACAAUGCCAGAGAAAGAGAGAAAGAUGCUAGGGGUAGGCUCAUGGAGAUCACUCAACAAAGUGUUUUACAUGAUAAGGCUGAUAUACUGUCGUAUAUCAACAAGGAAGAAUCUUUAUCUACUGUGAAGAAAAAAGAAGAACUCGUCCAGCAACUUGAAAGCUCACGGUUAGAAGAAUUGAAGGCGAAUGAGGAGUUCAAGACCCAGCUGAACAGCGUCAAAUCAACAUUGGAUGCUCUAAAAGUGGAUGGUACUCCAGUAGAAGAACCGAUAGAGUACGUUGACGAAGACAAAUAUCAGACCCUCAGACGGAUCACAGCGGGCGAAACAAGAUCACGAAUCGCGUUCUUCCACUCACUGUGACGACUUCAAUCACUUCAAACUUAACCAAGAAAAAUGUAUUGUAGCACAGUACUGUCAUCUCGUUUUAACCUUAAAUUAUGUUUUUACCUUAUCUUAGAAGUCGUUAGAUUGAUUUUUUGUCACUAAUACUAACUUUUGAACUAACAAAUGUUACGUGAAGAAGUAUCAUUUAAAAGUUGUAAGCAAUAUUUUUUUCAGCUAAAGCGCGCGUACAGAAGUGACGUUAUUAAAACUUGACGCUUUCUUAUUCGGGAAAUUUUGUAUCGGGCAUCUAAUUAAAGUUAAUUAGCUUCAGUUAUGCUAUUAAAAGUAAAACAGGUUGGCUUUAAAUGGGUUUAAUAGAUUUGAAAUGGGUUUAAUAGAUUUAAAUUAUUUUCGCACUAUUACCAUUUUAACUUCAAUCGGCGUUAUUCCAAAAUAAAAUGGGAUUGUUCACAAGUUUUAAGCUAUUUUCUAAUUUGACACCGUUUUAUUUUCUUAAUUAUUUGAAUCAAUUCAAACUUAUUUUAUAAUUACGUUGUAAAACUGGGAAUAGAAUCAAUUUGGUAACAAAGUUAAACCUCCGCUAAUUAUCGACGUGAAAGGCUCAUGUCUUGUGGUUCGGGGAAAGUAAAUAGGGCAGUUUAAUGUAAAAAGCACGUGUUUAAAUUUUGAUUAGAAAAUUAAUAUGAUACAUAGCAUGAGCUGUACUAAGGCGGAAGAAUUUAAAUGUUUUUCCAAAAUUGUUGAAAUGCGUUUUGUAAACAAUUGUUACAUCUCAUAAUAUGCUUUGUUCCCAAAAA